AUGGGCAGGCGUAAGUCUGAACAAGCAGGAGAAGGCGAGUCUUCGUGUAAACGAUGCAACUGCAAAAAAUCCAAGUGUUUAAAGCUUUACUGUGAAUGCUUUGCUGCUGGAGUUUAUUGCAUAGAGCCAUGUUCAUGUGUAGAUUGCUUCAAUAAACCUAUCCAUGAAGACGUUGUUCUGGCUACUCGCAAACAGAUUGAAUCCCGCAAUCCGCUUGCAUUUGCUCCUAAAGUCAUCAGAAACUCUGAUUCCAUCAUGGAAGCAACUGGUGAUGAUGCAAGCAAAACUCCAGCUUCAGCGCGACACAAACGAGGCUGUAACUGCAAGAAAUCAAACUGUCUGAAGAAAUACUGUGAAUGCUAUCAGAGCGGAGUCGGUUGUUCCAUAAAUUGUAGAUGUGAAGGAUGCAAGAAUGCAUUUGGCAGAAAAGAUGGUUCUUCAUUUGCUGGCUUGGAUAUCGAACAAGACGAGGAAAAUGAAACAGAGAAAACACAACAGACUGCCGAGUUGUUCAAUCGUGCUCCACUUUCAACACCAAUGCCAUUAAGACAACCAUUGGCUCAGCUUCCCAUCUCAUCCAACAACAUACUGCUUCCUCAACAGUCUCAUCAUCUUCAUGGAGCUUCUGGAUCUUCUUCGGGGAUAUACAACAAAGGCCAAUCUUUCAGAAAAGAAGACAUGAGUAUGUUGUGUCAUUCAAGGAUUGAGACAAUUACAGAGGAGAGAGAAGAGGAUAUUGAGAAUCUAAUCCAAUCUCCAAUAACUAACAUCAAUGCGGUUUCUCCAAAUAGCAGAAGGGUUUAUAUGCAUCAUCUCGAUUCAUCGGAGUCGAGUCCAUGGAGAAGAAAUGGUGGCAGGAAGCUGAUACUAUCAAUUCCAACAUUUCCUUCUCUCACUCCACAUCACUGA